GCACAUUCCCACAACACGCACAAAAACUAACAAGUCAAAUCACAUUCGUACCACCUCACCUUCUAAAGUCCUGCAUUCGAAGUAGAAGCUCGGAAGAGGGAGAGCCCAAGCAAAUGGGGAAGGACUUGGAAGGUGCCCAGCCCCCGUUGGCCGGCAGGGACUACCAGGACCCGCCGCCCGCCCCUCUGGUCGACCCGGAGGAGCUGGGCAAGUGGUCGUUCUACCGUGCCCUCAUCGCCGAGUUCAUUGCCACGAUGUUGUUCCUCUACAUCACGGUCUUGACCGUGAUCGGUUACAAGAGCCAGACCGACCCCACCAUGAACGGCAGUGACUGUGGUGGCGUCGGUAUUCUUGGCAUCGCUUGGGCCUUCGGGGGCAUGAUCUUUGUCCUUGUUUAUUGCACUGCCGGUAUCUCCGGUGGGCACAUAAACCCCGCGGUGACCUUCGGUCUCUUCUUGGCGCGCAAGGUGUCGCUCGUCCGGGCCGUGAUGUACAUGGUAGCGCAGUGCCUCGGCGCCAUCUGCGGGUGUGGGUUGGUGAAGGCGUUCCAGAGGGCGUACUACACCCGGUACGGCGGCGGCGCGAACGAGCUGGCCGAUGGGUACAGCAAGGGCGUGGGGCUGGGGGCAGAGAUCGUCGGCACCUUCGUCCUGGUGUACACCGUGUUCUCGGCCACCGAUCCGAAGCGAAACGCCAGGGACUCCCACGUUCCUGUGUUGGCACCCUUGCCCAUAGGGUUUGCAGUCUUCAUGGUGCAUCUGGCCACGAUCCCCAUUACGGGAACAGGCAUAAACCCAGCAAGGAGCUUCGGAGCUGCCGUGAUCUACAACAAGGACAAGGCUUGGGACGACCAGUGGAUGUUCUGGGUUGGACCAUUCAUUGGGGCUGCGAUUGCUGCAUUCUAUCACCAGUAUAUCUUGAGAGCUGGAGCCGUCAAGGCCUUGGGAUCCUUCAGGAGCAACGCUUGAAACUCACUAUGAGUUCUUCAAUUCUCCGUUUCAAGGGACGGAGCUGGAUCAAGGGAGGGUCAAAGCAAAAUGUGGAUAAAGAAUUUGCGACUGUGUCUCGCGUCUUGCGUCUUGUCUGUUGAAUUUUCUUUUUCCAACUCUCCGAUCUUUAAGCUGUGUUCUCGAGUGCUGGUUGUUGUGGUUAUUUGCUGUUUUCUAAUCUCUUUAACUUUUAAGUGGCGUAAUGGAUUGCAGCAAUGCACAUAUGUCAACUUUCUAGCAUCUUCUCUCUU